ACACCCACUUCGGGGACAUCUUGGGAUGGUGGCAUGGCAUUCAUAGACCGUCUUUGCCCCAUGAUGGCUGUGACUUAACUGAAAUAAGUUUCUCAUUCUCUGCAAUGUAAACAACAAGGAUUCCCCAUGAGAUGUCACUAUGUGGUUACUGUGGUGAAGAUCUCCCACCAGGGACUAAAAGUGUAGAGGGAGAAGAGACGUAUCAUGAGGAAUGUAUCAAUGAAUAUAUACCAAGACGUGAACAAGCAGUUGCUGAGUUCUUGAAAUAUGCUUCUUAUGAUGGCCACGUCCUGUCCAUGGGAAUUCAUGUGAGCUACCUAUAUGGUUCAAAGCAAGAAACAGACACUAAAAAGAAAAGAAAGAAGCGAGAACAAAAAGCUAAUGAGUUGUUAAAUAAAGUUUCAGCUUUGCGCAACUCAAACUCUGGGUCCAUAUUGAUUCAUCUCGUUGGUUUAGCAAAAGAAGAUCAGUUCACUGGUGCAUUUAAUGAGUUUGCAGAUACCAAAUUAAAUUCGUUGAUUCACGAUGGAAAAUUAUUCGAUGAUGUUUAUAGAAAACAAAGAUUAAGCAAUCUUGAAGAAUGUUGUGAAUUCCAUGAUUUUCUAGUUCUGUUCGUGUCUGCAGCUUCAACUGUGACAACCUCCGACUUUAAAACCAAGGUUGCUCUUGAUGACUGCAUCCUAGACCCUACUGCUGAAUCAGUCCGAUCAUUUCUGAAGGAAAGAAAAGUGUACAACAAGACAUUCCAUGCACUUCCUGGAGUUGCCUCUACUUCUGACUUAGCAAACUUACAAGAAAGUAGAUCAGUCCAAUUCAAAAGUCACUUCUCACAGAAAGUCAAAGAAGAUGAAGUAGUUGAUUGCAUCUCUUACAAACUUCGUCUCACGGAGUAUGUAAGUGCGUUUUCCAAACUUGAAGGAGGGGGUUCUUUUUUGUAUGGCAUACACGAGAAGAAGGUGACCCAUGGUAAUUGUGGUUAUGAUUCUAAGGAACCGAUUCCACAGCCAGUAACCAUCACUGAUGAAAACAAUUUCAAGGAUACACUAGCACAAAGGAUACAGGAGAAUACUCUUGUUUGUGACUAUGAUGGUGGGGCAUCAACUGAUGCUGAUGUAGCACAGGUACGGUUAAUCCCUUCAAGAACGAACCUGGACAAGAACACUCUGAGACUCACUGGUGAGGGAGAAACUGCAGAUGCAAAAGAGGCGGUUGUUCAAGUAUCCGUGAGGUCAGUGACAGGAAUAGUGUUCUAUGAUAAACAGGGACCAUUGGCUUACAGGUAUGAUGCAAAUACCGACGAUGUCACGAGAAUGAAUGUCAAGGAAUGGUUCUGUGCAUUUACUAGAACUAAUGCCUAGGAUAAAUCAACACACACAUGCACAGGAAACAACAACGAAGCAUAAACAGUACUGUCACGAAAAAAUGUGGAAGUUGUUGAAACAAAUCGUGAAAGAGGAUGAGGGUAACUUCACUUUGGAAUCCAAUGACUUUUUUCGACCGAGCCUGAAGCAGAUUGGAAACAGUGUCUUCGAUAUCAGGAAUUACUACAUCCCUCAAGAAGGAGUGAACAUAUUACCAAGCAACAUUGAAACACCCCUGAAAGAAGUAAAGGAAAGACUUUUAGAACUUUUGGACAACCAUGCUUUUGAUUUUCUAUACAACGAUGCAGUUAACAAACGUACCAAUCAAAAUGAUGCACAAGGAGGUGUUGUGUUCAUAUCUCAAUCAUUGGCUCCCGUCUUGGAUAUCCCUACAUCGGCCCUGGCAGGUCAUGUCAUAUGUGAUGCGUUCAUCGCUCUACCUGGACAUUCUGUCCUGGUCCUCACCCUGGUUGACGGGGACUCCUUCUCAAAGGAAGUAUUGGAGUAUAACAUGUCUGUGGCUAGAGGAGUGACAGUAACACUCAGUAGAUUCAUGGACGAAUGUGUACACCCAGUACAUGGAGUGCUACCUGUCUCGACAUUAAACAACAUUGUGUCCUUUAAAGCUCACAUGGACAGACUUGUAACAAAGUCAUCACACUUUGUCACACAGGACUCACUGGUUAUGAAUCCUACCAGGUAUGGCAAAGUCCUGAACGCUUUCUGGGCAGGUGUUGCCCAGACAAAGUCUGUGAUGACAGAGCGCGGGGAAAUAGAUGAUGACAGUCUGAGAUUUCUUACAAGAGAACAAUGUAUUAUAUUAGUUGAGAACAUCAACAGUAGAGAUGUUCAGGUGAUGUGUGGACCAGGUACUGGAGCCACGACGCUGAUGCUGGAGGUGGCCAGGAGACUGAGCAGGCUGGGAGACACACUACUGGUCUGUAAAUCCCGGAAAGAGAGGGAUAGACUUAGGAAAGUGUAUCGGCCAGCUGUAUCAGCCGAUGAACUCGGUACGCUGGACAUGUCAUCAUAUACAGUCAUCGUGGAUGAAACCAACGUGACAAGAAACUACCCAGUAUGUUCACGCUGGGGAUUUACAAACAUUCAAGAGGAAUUGGCAAACCUGAAGAUGCGUACUACAGCCAUGAAAGAUGUGGACACCGUGAAAGGACAGGUAGAUGCAUUAGAGAGUGAUGAAUGUCAAAGCCAAAUAAACUUCCUUUUUGAAGAAAUGGAUGUGUUGCGGCUGUUUUCCGUGAAAAUAAAGCGCUUCAUGACUGAACUUGAUCGAAAGAAAAAGGCACUUCGACACCCUCCAGUUGACGACCUUUCACCAGUGUGUGGCGGUCGGGACCUCCUGGCGAUUAGGAUGAAACCUCAACUCAUGGAGUUUAAACAGAGAAUACAUGGACAGGAAGAUGUUCUGGACAGCAUAAAAGAGUUUCUAGUUGAAGACAAGAUCCUCAUUGGUUAUUUCCAGACUACAAUAGAUUCUUGGAUAAUGAAACAGCGGCGGCCAGAUUUGUAUGUUUGGGAGUAUGAUGCACAUAUUGAUGAUUCCGCAGCCAUAAACCUUGAAAGGGAACUGCAACGCGUCACCAAGCAGUUGCAGGUAAAGAUGGAGAGAAACAGUGAAAGAGCUGACGAGGAGAUUCCUGCAAAUCUGGUGGACGUGGAUAAAGGGGAUGACUCAGUGAGUAAACCACACGUGGACGUCCCACAAGCAGCUCCCAGCGCCCCUACGCCACGAAGUGUGUCACCGCUGCCGUCACAACAGAAUAUAUCUGAAGGAAGGGUGCGAUCUUUCUUUCCCCAAUCAAACCAAUGCAAGGAUUCGGAUUCCGGAGACAAAGAAAAAGACGUGACGAAGACAGGGGACGUGGGGCCGAUGUCAAUACAGUUCCAGGAUAUGAUGAAAAGGGCCGAAGAUAUGGACGAGUCUCAUAGCAGUCACUUUGAUGAGCCAUCUAUAUCAAAGGGGACGUUGAGUGAUGACUACACUGCAAGUCAAGAACGGGACAUGAGAGCUGCAGAGACAGCUAUAGGUAUUGCAGAGAUCGCCGAACAAGAGAAGAGGUUGCUGACCUUAGAGGAGGAACAAGACCAUCAAAAACGACACCUUGAUUCGCUGUACUGUGACCUUCCUCAUGAGUGGCUCAUCAAAGUGCACUACCUACAGAGACACCAGGAUGUGUUGUCCCUGUGCGACGUGCAGCUGCCGGAAGUCAUCAGUGAGAUGGUCAGACCCGGACCUUCCCUCAUCCAGACAGCCAAGUUAGAGAUUUCUCCAGAAGAUAAAAUCCACCAGAGGCCUGUGAAGAGAAGUCAGAUUGCCAAACUGAGGCGGUUUCAACAGGGGUUGCUGAAGGAGAGUGACUUGUUUGACAUCAUAGGAAACAUGAUUGUCGAUGAAGAAGACCACCUCGCCUCUUUACAAGCACUGAAUGGGCCUGUGUAUGUGGUGGGACCAUCCUCUCUUCAGGUUGUGUGUCCUAAACUACAUCUAGACGCCGCUCGAGCCAACACAACAUACUGCCACGUAACUACAGACGGUGAACUGGUCAACUGGGAGCCCGACACAUGGUCACAUGACAGGCGCAGGCUACAGGAGUAUAUAGGGACCUGUGCCUCCACCCCCAUCCCCCUUUCUCCACCCCACCCCGCUCUCAUCCCGGUAUACAACACACCCAGAUACUGGGAGACAAGGUCAAGGUUGCGGGAGGUGGACGUAGGGUGGCCGUAUGUCCUGGAGAUUGGGGUGAUGGAGGCAGGACAGGUGGACAGUGAGAUGUAUGUUUCUCUACAGCGUCGUUCCUGGUGUGUCAGUGUAGCGAGAUGUGACAGACACGGGGGGAGUUUCUGUACCACGGUGUGUCGGGAGGAGGAGCGGGGCAAGUGUCACCAGAACACCAUGUCCCUCACUCCCGGCACACAGGCCACCCUCCACUAUGGCGUGGUGCUGGAUGUGGGGAGGGGCAGAGUGGCCUUCAUCGAUCUCAACAGAGGGAUUGUUUUAGGGAAGUUUGAUGAGAGGUUCGGGGAAGACCUGUACCCCGUGUGUAGUGUGCCGCCGUCAGGUGUCUGUACUGUCAACAUGGAGCUGAUCAGCGGGGACAACAUCGCCAUCACUGGCACCAAGAUGUCACUGAUUCAUGACGCGCUGACAUAGGAAAUAAACAAGACAUGAGACUGUUUGAAGUUAUCAGUGUAACCAGAGACCAUAUAACAGAUUAUUGUAUGGUAUCUGGUGUAACUGAGAGAUUUAUAUCAGCUGUUUCAAUUACGUGUACUAACUGAGAGAAGCGGACAUAUAAGCGUCUGGUUUCUAUGUUAUUUCAUGUUCACAAAAAGUAACGAAGUUUGCUAAAUGUGAUGUUUUGCUGCACGAGAGGGUUCUCCAGUGUUUACAAAGUAUUUAGAAUUCUCACAUGAGUAUCUUUAUGUUGAAAUUAUUGCUGUAGUGACUUCCAACAUGAGACACGGUGUGAUGUUUUGAGAGUGAUGUGAUAUGAAAAUGAGUGAAGUGAAGUUUUACAAAAAAAUGUUUCAAAUAGCAAUUUUCUUCUUUUCACAUCACUUGCCUGUGAAUUAUAACUGUUUUGAAUCCAAACAUUAAUAGUUUCAUCAUCAGGAUGUUUUUGUAGCAGCUUAAACUAUGACACAGUAUGUGGUUCUCUGAUCAUGACAUGCGUCCGAGAGCACAAGAUUGACAACAGAUUUCUUUAUUUCACUUCACUUGCCUGUAGAUUACACAUGUAUUUAAGAAUUGAAGAUCAGUUUGGAUGGGUUCAUUGAAGUGUGAACGAUUUAAAAGCGCUGAUUAAACUGUGUCUAAGUUUCACAAGCGCCUUGUGGAAUGUGAACUGGUGGGGAUUGAACGGCGUGCUCUGAAACUCGCGUGUUUUGUGUUACUUUUCAAGGUCAAGGUGUGUUAUAUUUGGAGCUUGGGAUUUGUCGUGUAUGCUGUAAUACUUUGCUUACCUGAUGUCAGCUUCGUUUCUGUGCCCCGUCCUUCCUCAUGUGCCGCCGCUUCUCGGCCUAGAAUACGCACACGAAGGAGGUCGACCAACUCAGAAACCGGACUAGUAGUUCCGUCAACGGGCAUUUUCUCGUCUCCGAUGACAAGGCGACUAUGCUUGACGUAAGAGGCGACUAAUGGGAUCGGGUGGACAGGCUCGCUGACUUGGUUGAUGCAUGUCACCGUAUCCCAAUUGCGUGGAUCGAUGCUCAUGAUAGUAAUCACUGGAUUGUCUGGUCCAGACUCGAUUAUUUACAGACUGACGUCAUAUAGCUGGAAUAUUGCUGAGUGCGGCGUUAAACAACAAACCAACCGUCUCCGAUGACCAAUCGGUAAAACGGGUAGAUCUCUAGAUCGAAGCAAGUUUAUUAUUAUUAUUUUUUUAUUUCAAGUUUCUUUCCUUACCUUUUUUAUGUCUUAUAUUUUUAAAAGCUAGAUUAAUUUUAUUUGGCUUACCAUUGAACAUUUUCAGAGCCUAUUAAUUUAGUGUUUUUAAUUGUAGAUUUGCUGUGUCUUGGUUUCUCAAAAUCUUGUAGGGUUUUUUCUGAUACGAAUGUGAAUCAGGUUUUAGUUUGGGAUUGAUCAGGAGCAGUCGCUUUGAUCUGUGUCGACGGCCACAUCUGAUCAGGGUACAACAUUGAUGUCAUUUGCAAUUGCCUUGGUGCUAAAUUCCUGUCAUUUCCGAAAACAAGGCAUCAAAGUCAAUAUCCGUCAAUAAAUCAAUUUCGCUCACCUCAGUAAGUUUACAGAAUUCUUUUUCUUCACUUGCGUUAUUGGUAUUGAUAGAUAGCCAUUCCAUAUACAAAUCACCGUAAGGACAAUCCAUUUUGUUUCAUGCAGCAGACGAAAAAUACUAAAUUAAUUAUAUUUCUGAUAAAUGCAGUGAUUAAAAAGAAAAAAGAAAAACAAGUGAAUUGUUAACACCGAUCGAAAAUUCGGGGAAAUCUUGGAAAGAAGUUCUGGCAAAAGUUCACAGGAUCAAUUUCACAAAAAAAUGUUCACAUCGUGUGAGCUUUUCUGUCCGUUCACAGGUGUGUGAACUCCAAAUAUCUGAUCACGUGACUAACCAUUCAGCCAAUCAGCAUGAAAGAACAGUGUAAACUUUAAAGUAUGAAAUUAUUCACUUUUUAAACCUAUUAUUAUUGUCGCAGCUUAUGUGAAGAUCCGAGCUAAAAUUAGUCUUCAGCAACCCAUGCUGUUGUAAGAGGCGACUAACAUGUUCGGUGAAGUGGUUGACUUCAAAUUGCAUAGAUCGAUGCUCGUGAUAUCAAUCACUCGAUUGUCUGGCCUAGACGCUAUUAUUUACGGGCCACCGUCAUAUAGCUGGAACAUUGCUGAGUGUGGCGUUGAACAAGAAACAAACUAACAUAUGAUAUAUUGGUUAUUGCCUGAAGAAUGACAGGCUUUGUAAUAGUCAGACCACAAGAGUGACACAAGUUGUUCAAAUAAUAAUGUUGGGCAUUUCAAAUGUUUUCAAUCGAGCAUUGACAGUUUUAUGGCUACUUUUUUAGCAGAACACAGUAUUUCACAUGGUGUUUACCGGACUUAGUUUAGCGUCAACACGUGGCUGUGAAUAUCCAGAGAAUAACAUUGUCUGAGCUGCACGAAUUAUCUGCCGUGUGUGAAUUAAACAUUCUAACAACGCGCUGAGAAAUGAGAUUAUCUGUUAUAGCUAGAAUAGGUAUAAAUACGGACGACAGACAGUCAGAAAUCAGUGUGUGGCUUUCUAAUAAACUGACUGUUUAUUCACUCAGGUAAGAAACCUUACUAUCUUGUACUAUGUUAAUUCUUAACAUUGGCAAUACCUGUAUGUUUAAUUGGUAACUGAAAAUGUCAUACUUGUGUGUAUAUCUUAGCUAUUUCCAUUGUACUACUUCUGUGUACAGAUUAUGCCAAAUAUGUUAAUUUACCGUUUGGAAUAUGCAUUGUGGCUUAACUGAAUGUAUCUUGUGUGAAUACCUACUCGGGUAUGUAUAAGUUAGAGUUUGUCGGGUAUAUACAAUUCAAUCACAUGUAAACUGUUGUAUUACGUUGUGUACCUUGGAAUAUGAAUAUGACUUAUGCAGUAUGUAUCUUGUGUAAUGAUUCUAUAUCAUGUUCAUCUAAUGUUCUUCACAUAUAUGUACUUCUAUUACUGAUUGUAAACAUUCUCUAAUAAUUGAUUGUAAACAUUUCUAAUUGACUGAUUAUAUAUAAGACUCUGUGGCUGUCUAAUAAACUGACUGUCUAUUCA